UCUUUUUAAAAUGUUGAUAAGAUAAUGCUUUAAAAAGAUAUAGUAUGUGUUGUAAGGUGCUAUGGAGUUUAAGGAUGUCUGUUUUGUGCAACUGAGAGGAGUCUGUUCUUUAAUGUUCUAUAGUUAUCUAUAUCAAAGGAUGGUGUGGAUUGGAAUAUGGGGUGCUAUGGAGUUGGAAUAUAUAGAUGAUAGCCCUUACUCAAAAGGGAGCAAAGACUCAAGUGGACUGGAUACAGCCUUGGUCUCAAGAAGGCAAAGUAUUCCAGAGGAAUUCAGAGGAGUCACCAUUGUGGAACUGAUUAAAAAAGAGGGAAGCACCCUUGGAUUAACUAUAUCAGGUGGCACAGAUAAAGAUGGUAAACCAAGAGUUUCGAACCUAAGACCAGGAGGGCUGGCAGCAAGGAGUGACCAGCUAAACGUUGGUGACUACAUCAAGUCAGUGAAUGGGAUUAACCUGACAAAACUGCGACAUGAUGAAAUCAUAAGCCUGUUGAAGAAUGUGGGGGAAAGGGUAGUAUUGGAGGUGGAAUAUGAGUUACCACUAGCUGCCCCAGAUAAUAACGCUGGCAUCAUUCCAAAAACCAUUGAAGUGACCCUGUACAAAGAAGGCAACAGUUUUGGAUUUGUACUACGCGGAGGAGCCCAUGAAGAUUGGCACAAAUCCAGGCCAUUAGUACUGACAUAUGUUAGGCCAGGUGGUCCAGCAGACAGGGAAGGAUCUCUGAAAAUUGGGGACAGGCUGUUGAGUGUUGACGGGAUUCCCCUUCACAGUGUGAGUCAUGCUGAUGCACUAAACAUCCUACGCCAGUGCAGCCAGGAGGCACUUUUCCAGAUUGAGUAUGAUGUCAGCAUAAUGGAUACAGUAGCCAAUGCUUCAGGUCCUUUGCUAGUGGAAAUUGCAAAGACCCCUGGCUCUGCACUAGGAAUUACGCUAGCAACAAACACCCAUCGGAAUAAGCAGGUCAUAGUCAUUGACAAGAUCAAGCCAGCCAGUGUGGUAGACAGAUGUGGAGCCUUGCAUGUUGGCGAUCACAUCCUUUCCAUUGAUGGCACUAGCACUGAGCACUGUUCUUUGCUGGAGGCCACCCAGCUCUUAGCUGCAACAUCAGAAAAUGUCAAGUUGGAGAUACUGCCAGCACACCAAAGUAGACUCCCUCUCAAGCCUCCAGACACAGUCAAAGUGCAAAAGAGUGAUCACCACCAUUGCUGGGAUCCCUGUGUCAGCUAUUGCCACACUCACCACCCAGGGCAUUGCAAGACACCCACCUGGAACCAGACAUCCAGCCAGGAUUAUUGCAAAUCUCUUGUAGCUGCUAGCUUUGCAUCUCCCACAAUGAACACGUCGGGAUUUGCCUGCCAGAAUUCCAAUACUCUACCUCGAAGCAACCAUCCCAUGAGCCCACGGGCCACCAUGAUGAGGAGAAGACAGAGGAAGAAGGAGCACAAAAGCUCAUUGUCAUUGGCCUCUAGUACUGUGGGUCCUGGAGGGCAGAUUGUUCAUACGGAAACAACAGAGGUGAUUCUAAGAGGAGACCCCUUGAAUGGCUUUGGACUGCAGCUGCAGGGAGGGAUCUUUGCUACUGAAACUCUCUCUUCUCCACCUCUCAUCCAAUUUAUUGAGCCUGACAGCCCAGCAGAAAGGUGUGGCCUCCUACAAGUUGGAGACAGAGUAUUUUCCAUCAACAGCAUUGCAACAGAAGAUGGGACAAUGGAAGAAGCCAACCAGCUCUUGCGGGAUGCAGCACUUACAAACAAGGUUGUGCUAGAGAUUGAAUUUGAUGUGGCAGAAUCUGUCAUUCCCAGCAGUGGUACCUUUCAUGUGAAGCUUCCCAAGAAAAGAGGUGUGGAGCUUGGGAUUACCAUCAGCUCAAGCAGAAAGUCUGGGGAGCCUUUAAUUAUCUCUGAUAUUAAGAAGGGGAGUGUAGCACACAGGACUGGCACCUUGGAGCCCGGAGACAAGCUAUUAGCCAUUGAUAAUAUCCGACUCGACAAUUGCUCAAUGGAGGAUGCAGUGCAGAUCUUAAAGCAGUGUGAAGAACUUGUCAAAUUGAAGAUCAGGAAGGAUGAGGAUAAUUCUGAUGAACAAGAAACAACAGGUGCUAUCAUCUACACAGUGGAGCUAAAGAGGUAUGGUGGCCCCUUAGGAAUAACUAUUUCAGGAACAGAGGAGCCUUUUGACCCAAUCGUCAUUUCAGGCUUGACAAAACGAGGGCUGGCAGAAAGAACUGGAGCAAUCCAUGUAGGAGACCGGAUAUUAGCUAUUAAUAAUGUAAGCCUUAAGGGGAAGCCUCUGAGUGAAGCCAUUCAUCUACUCCAGAUGGCUGGAGAAACUGUAACUCUGAAGAUCAAGAAGCAAACCGAAAGGACUUAUCCAAAACAGUCUGGAAGUUUAAAUGAAGUGAGUGACCCAGAAGAUGAUCUGACUGAUUCUCAGAAAACUAGCAAACUGUCUGAGAUUUAUUCCACCACAAUCCCCAGUGUGGACAGUGCAAUGGAAUCCUGGGAUGGUUCUGGCAUUGAUGCAGGCUAUGGAAGCCAGGUAGGUACAUACUUGCCACAGGCUGUUGGUAUUGCGCUUCACCCUCAUGAAUGGAGAUCCAGCAGACAGAAGAGCAGCACCCCUCCUGGGGAUCCCAGGAAGAGUUACCCCUUUAUGGACGGCAGUUUCAGUGAGGAUGACUGGGAGAAGCCCAGUAGAUAUCCCAACCGCCAAAAUGGCCUUGAGACCGCACAUGAGGAUAAUUUUUGGCGUGUUUUUGGAGAAGCUUUGGAGGACUUGGAAACAUGCGGCCAGUCUGAACUUUUGAGGGAAAUUGAGGCAUCCAUCAUGACUGGGAGUGUACACAGCCUAGGCCUUGAUGGGGGCAAGUUGCUCAUGAAUGCUGUUAACCAGCCAGGUCUGAGCCCGCCAAGGAAAGGGAACUUAACGAGCGUAGCUGAAGGACAGAGCAACACAAGUGUCACUGCCACCAAGAAAAAUGGCAGGAAUUUGGAGAUUAAGGUGAUGAAGGAAGAGAUCCAGGAAAUCAUGUCUCCCACGCCUCUUGAGCUGCACAAGAUAACUAUCUAUAAGGAUCCAGAGACUGAAGAUUUUGGAUUCAGCGUCUCAGAUGGCUUGCUGGAAAAGGGCGUCUAUAUUAAUAUGAUCCGUCCAGAUGGGCCUGCUGACCAGGGUGGACUCAAGCCCUAUGACAGAAUCCUUCAGGUAAACCGCAUUCGAACACGGGACUUUGAUUGCUGCCUGGCUGUUCCUUUGAUAUCCGAAGCAGGAGACAAACUGGACCUGGUAAUCAGCCGAAAUCCCCUGGCCUUCACUGCCAAAUCCCAACUUGAGGAUUUGCCAGGCCAGCAAUCUGCUGGUAUGGAGGUUAAGGCAAACACACAGACACUCUGAAUGGUGGGUGGGUUUGGUGUCAAUUGUCCUUGAGGUCCUGUGGGUGGGGGCAAAGGGCUUGAUGGGUCUCUAUAGUGCUUUUUCAAUUUUAUUUUGCACUGGUAUUGUGAUUACUCUGUGUAAUGCAACUUGCCAUGAAGAAAUGGGUUUACUUUUAGUCAUAUCUCGAAGCCUAUCAACCUUGGCCUUGAAGGCCUAAGCUGACACAGAUGUAGCUGGUGGACUGUGGUUAACACAACUAGUGCAACGGGUUGCUGUUGAUAGCAGGACACAGGGUCCAGUAUAACUAACUCACCGGCGAGAGAACCACUUUUGCUCAUGGUAUAAGCUUCUCCAGUGGAUGGAGUGACAGGGCACAUUUGCCCCCAUUUGGAAGGGCUUGGAUACAUGGUGCUAUUUUCUGGUUGUUUGCUUUUGUUAAAUCAUGAACAGUAAAACUUAAAAUUAACCCCUUGUUUCUGUGAAAGGCACCCCUGCACUACCCCCAUAGCUUUUUCUUCACUCACUGCCUUGAAUCCUUUCCCCAAUUCACCAUCACUCUUUCACAGAUCACUGUGGCACUCUGAAUCCCCUUCAAACCCAUGAGCAGAAGCUUAUGAGUUUAAUAAAGCUGAGCCCAUUGUCACAGGAGAAGAUGGAGCUCAGACACUUAAAUCUUUUUCCCUUGCCACACCUGAGGCACUCAUUCCUUGGGACACAGGUCUAAAACCUUCCACCGCUAUUUGACUUCAAGACAAAAUGUGUUUUUCUUUAUGUGCUAUGGUGUUUUCCUUUUUUAGAAAGCACUGAUGAUGCAAGACUAGCUGUUCUGGACCACCAGGCACUUUUGUGUACUCACAGGGCACCAGAAAGCUCUCUCUCUCUUCAUUGAAUCCCUAGUCUGUCCUGGUGAGUGGGAAGCUGAAUAUAACUCAUUCACAUUACUCUCUUUGACCUGCCCCUCAUUUUGUGUGUGUGUGCGGGGGGGUAGGGAAACCCUUGUAUCUCCUUGUCACUGUUUAGGAUGAGACAUCCUCAUGAGAUUGGUAUUGUGUCUCCCGGUGCACCCACUGUGGGUUGUCCUAGUGAAAGUACAAGUGUGUACAUUUUUUAAAAGAACAACUGGUGAUGAGGGUUCACACCCCUGUUGUAACCAGUCAUAGCAGCAGCCCUAAGUUUUCUGUAAUUACCUUUGCAGCCAUGACUUGUGUGACGCCUUUGUGACCUUCUGCCUCCCUCCCCAAAUGAAUCCUAUCAUUGUGAUAAUGGAUGUGAUAUUCACAUUCGUUGAAUGAUCUGCCUGCUGCAGCAAAUGAGGUGGACUUGCAACCAAGGCUGUGAUCUCUUCUUUUCACAUGGCAAAAAAAAAAAAAAGCUGGAAUUUUCAAGUCUCUUUCCAGCCAGUCUAAUUGCCUGUGCCAGGAUUUCUGGAAUAGCACUUUAUUGUAGUGAUUUUUGAUUGACUCCUACUGGGGAACUUGAGUAAGACCCUGAUGCUAUGAAACUGGCUCUUCUCUUGUUUUCCUUUUGUACUGUUCUGAUGAAGAUUAAGAUACCAUGUUUUGGUACUGGUUGAAAACCUUUUCCAUUAGAUCAAUUCUAGGCCAGUUCUGGUUUUCAGAUCUGUGCCCAGAUCAAGCUGUGAUUGCAUCUACCUUUUGUUUUUAUUUUUGCUUAUUCACUUUCUGGGCCACAUCAAAGUUUCCACGCUUUCCUUAAGAUGUGCAUGGAGUCCCAUUGGGCUAUCUCUAGCUGUAGCCAUUCUCUCUUCUCAAAGUAUGCAAUAUUCCAUACCAUGGCUGCCAUAACCUAGAUAAUGUGCCAUAAAAGAAACUGCAGAGUAUUGAGCAGAAAAAAGAGUUUUAUAUGCAAUAUUCCCAAAAUGGUGGAAGCUCAACAAGGCUUCCAAUAGGUUUUUAAUGAAGACUUUUAAUAAGGCUUUAAAAAAUGGUCCUUGUAUCCCUUCCUAUGCAUUUUGAAUGAUAUGAAAAUGAAAUGCAUUACUUAAAUGUGUAUUUUUAUCCAUAUAUUAGAGUGUAUUCCUUGUAAAGUAUUUUUAUAUGCUGAUUUUCUUAUGUAUCUAUGA